AUGGCCGUCACAGAAGCGGCAGCAGGGCCAGCUCUGGGCGCGCAAUCGCCUCACAAAACACCCAACAAGCAACUGAUGACGCCAAACGUGGCCAAUGUGGUGCUGGGCACCCUCCAUAUCAAGCCCUGGUAUCCCUCAUUCUAUCCAGAAGAUCUCGUAGGCGGCCGCAAGACAGAAUGGCUCUACGUCUGCCAGUGUAAGAAAGUCUGCCCGUUGAAGUCCGAGGCACCACCAGGCGAGAUCAUCUACGAAAAGGACGACUAUGUCAUCCACAAGAUUGACGGAGAGGAGCAGAAGCUCUAUUGCCAGAACCUCUCCCUCUUCGCCAAGCUCUUUCUCGAGACAAAGUCCGUCUUCUUCGAUGCCUCGACCUUCCUCUACUACACACUUAUUUUUCGCUCGCCAGAUCACCCACACGGCACAGUAGCAGGCUUCUUCAGCAAAGAGAAGAUGUCGUGGGACAACAACAACCUCGCAUGCAUCCUGGUGUUUCCGCCUUACCAACGCCGGGGCCUAGGCCAAGUGUUGAUCGGCGCAUCAUAUGUGCUGGGUCGGAAAGAAGGUCGGUUUGGUGGGCCGGAGCGGCCGCUGAGCGUGCCCGGCAAGAAAGGCUAUGUCACCUACUGGAGUGCUGAGAUCGCGCGAUGUCUCCUCAGCCAGCCGAAUAAGAAGACGCUGGGGGUCAAGGAGAUUAGCGAAUUGACCUGGAUUAUGCCUGAGGAUGUUGUCGUUGCGCUGAAAGAGAUGGAUGUGCUUGAGAAGAGAAAGACUGCUAGUGGCAGUGUUGUGCUUAACAAGGGCAAGAUUCGGAAUUGGGUGGAAAGAAGCAAGGUGAAAUUGGAUCCGGCCGUGGACGUGGAUGCUUUCAUCGAGGAUGAGAGCGAGCUCAGUGAGGUCAUGAGCGAAUGA